GUAUCCUCAGUUCCGGGCCGAGCCCAAUAAUGGAGAGACGUGUGUCCCUGUGGCUCGCUCCCCUGCCUAGCUAUCUUACAAUAUCAACACAUCAUUUAACACACCACCGCCAACACACGUGCAGCAAACACUGCCACCAAUCUAGCAAUCAGUACCACCACACACGACCCGUGACACCACCGCUCCGCCAGUCCACAUAAACGCAGGGACAGCCACCGCUAUCUCACUCUAGAAAUCGGACAGUAUGAAGACGAAGUGCACUUUUUUUGCGGAAUCUGCACGCAUCCUUAAUGAGGAGACUGUUAUGGAUGUCAUCAGGGAGAAGACCGAAGAACUGGAACAGGAAGAUCCUUUUUACAUAUUGGAUGUUGGAGAUAUUGUUGAGAAGGUCAAGUUGUGGAAAAUGAAGCUGCCUCGAGUGAAGCCUUUCUAUGCUGUCAAGUGCAAUAACCAUCCAACUGUUCUCAAAAUACUUGCUGCUUUAGGAACUGGUUUCGAUUGUGCAUCAAAGGCUGAAAUUCAAAAUGUUCUUCAGCUGGGAGUCGAUCAGACUCGCAUCAUCUUUGCCAACCCGUGCAAGCCACUCUCUCAUCUGCGUUCUGCCAGUAAAUUGCAGAUCCCUCUUAUGACCUUUGACAGUGAGUCUGAACUUCAGAAGAUCAGCGUUUACUAUCCUGAAGCAAAGCUUGUUAUUCGGAUUCGUGUUGACGCAACAGAUGCACUGGUCUCCUUGGGCAAGAAGUUUGGUGUGCUUCCUGGUGAUGCAGAAACACUUCUGGUUGCUGCUCACACUCUUGGAUUGAAUGUAGUUGGAGUAGCUUUCCAUGUUGGCUCUGGCUGUCGUGACCCUUCAGCCUUCCACCAAGCAAUUAUUUCUGCUAAAAUGGUCGUUGAGAAAGCUGUGGCUAUUGGUUUCCAGCCCUACUUACUGGAUAUUGGUGGGGGGUUUCCUGGCACACACAAUCCUCCCAUCGAUGAUUUUGCUGAACACAUCAACAUAGCAUUGGAUGAAUUUUUCCCGGAAGGAUGUGGUUUUGAGAUCAUUGCAGAACCAGGUCGUUACAUGGUAGCUUCAGCCUUUACCCUGGCAACUAAUAUUUUUGGCAAGAGGGAAAUUACUGAUACCGACGGCGCGCUGGAGUCAAUCAUGUACUUCAUCAAUGAUGGGAUCUAUGGAUCUUUCGUCAACGUGGUCAAUCACCACCAAAAGUUCCAUUUUCUUUUGAUCAAGAAACAAGAUGAUGAUGAGACUGUCUUGCCAUGCUCCAUUUGGGGACCAACCUGUGACAGUGCGGAUCAGGUAGUGCCAGAAACAAGUCUUCCCAAUAUGCCAUGUGGACAGUGGCUGAUGUGGCCUGAGAUGGGCGCUUACACUCUCGCUAAAGCUGGAACUUUCAAUGGCUUUCCUAUCCCUGAAGUCAUUGUUGUUGUUCCUUACACUAUAUGGUUGUGGUUCGAAGAACAUCCUCACCACAGAGUCUCCAUGAUAUCGGUUGAGACUCAGACAGACUAAAGGAAAAGAUGGGAAGAAAAAGAAAUAGAACAACUAAGAUGUUGUCUGCAAGAGAUGUCGCGACUAAACUUCACCAACGAGUAGAGCCUCAACGGAGCAAUACCAUUCCUGGAUAUCUUGAUAAGACAAGACCAAGAAACCUUUGGCAGCGACGUUUAUGUGCAACCCACAAACUCUGGCCACUGCCUGAACGUAACAGCGAGUACUCCCAACAAUACAAAGAUCCUACCAUCGCAUUAUAUAUAAGAAGGGUACUCAUUUAUUGUGGCACGUAGAAGCAAGUCCAAGAAAAAGAAAUCUCUACAUAAGUGCUAACAAACAACGCCUUCAACAAAAGACAUUGACAACCAAAGAAAAUCAUAGACCAUUGACACCAGGGAGAAAAAGUAGCUACCAGGAAGACAGCAGCCAUCGACAUACUCUACAAAGCACAGUACACCAGCGACUACAAACAAGAAGAAAGAGUUAUGAAGCUAAUAUUGAAGGAUAUCACACCAAUUGACCCUGGAAAUCGCCUGAACUUAGUCAUCUACUAUAAAAACAGAAAAACAAGCCAUCUGCUUCUCAGAAACAGGCCCAGUGUGACAAAAGGAUAGCUUAAGCAAUUACAUAUCGUCUAUAGGUUCACCUGUAAACAAGGGAAUUGUGAAGUCCUCCUCUCCACCUAUAUCGGCAUGACUAUGGUCAAGCUGUCCAGGCGAAAAGGAGAAACAUCUGAGAGAACACAAGUCACAGCUAACAAGAAAUGUAUGAGAAGAAAACCCAUAAAUCAUCACAGCCUACCCGACGACAAACGCCUUGCUACCCUAGAAGCGUUGUACAUCAAGGAAGAUCAGCCGAGGCUCAGCAUCCAAUCAGAAGUCUUUGAUGUUUUGCCUAGAAUGAGAACAGCGAUGUCGCGAAAUUUUCCGACCUUUUAAGACUCGCCGAAAUGUGGCUUGUGUGAGACUCAUUUCUUCUAGCUGCCUACCAGGCGCACGACCCCAUACCUACAGAGCGACGCUCAGUAUUUCCGACUCUUCAUCUCUCUCUCUCUCUCUCUCUCUCUCUCUCUCUCUCUC